UAAACUCAAAGAGACAACGUAGGAACUAGGAAACUCCGAGGAACAACGACCUUUCUCCCCCUAAACUUGCCGUUCCUUGCGUUUCUCUCUCUCUCUCUCUCUCUCUUGAUGUUAUGUUGCAGGCAGCUGCUGAGUGCAGAAGAAAAAGAAGAAGAAUGAAUGAAUAAUUCAAUUCAAUGCAAAUAUCCAUUGACCCAGAGAUCUAGGGUUCUAUAAAUCCAAAAGAGCUCCCAUCUUUUAAUCCCAAUUCUGUAAGUUCUUCCUCUCUUAAGAUCUGUAUCAUUUUGAUCUGUCAAAUCGAUCAUGUCUCACAGAAAGGAUUCUAAUUAUUCUUCAUUACCCGUUAGCUCCUAUCUAGAAUUACAGCCUCACAAUGAUUCCUCUUUUGAUGAACCUGGGGAGAGGGAUUAUUUGGGAUCUAAGGUUGUCGAUGAUGACUACGAUGAUGAUUUCGAAAUUGACAUUGAUAAUUACCCUCUUGUUGUUGUUGGCUCUAAUCACGGUUCUGGGGUACCCGGGGCUGUGUUCAAUUUGACCACCACGGUUAUUGGGGCAGGGAUCAUGGCCCUCCCUGCCACCAUGAAAGUUCUAGGAGUGGUUUUGGGGAUUGUUUUGAUUAUUCUCAUGGGGAUCUUGUCGGAAAUUAGUGUCGAAUUGUUAGUGCGGUUUUCUGUUUUAUGUAAAGCUUCCUCUUAUGGGGAGGUUGUUCAGCAUGCUAUGGGAAAGCCUGUUAGGAUUGUGUCUGAAAUCUGUAUUAUAAUGAAUAAUGCUGGUGUUAUGGUGGUUUACUUGAUCAUCAUGGGGGAUGUCAUGUCUGGUUCCCUUCACCAUUUGGGGGUGUUUGAUCAGUUGUUGGGGAAUGGUUUGUGGGAUCAUAGGAAGAUUGUGAUUUUGGUUGUCAUGGUGGUGUUUCUCGCGCCGCUUUGUUCUCUCGACAAGAUUGAUUCGUUGAGCUUGACUUCAGCUGCCUCAGUGGCUCUUGCUGUUUUGUUUGUUGUCGUUGCUUUCUUCAUUGCUUUCAUUAAGCUCGUCGAAGGAAAGAUUGACGCUCCGAGGAUGUUUCCUGAUUUCAGCUCCAAAAAGGCCAUCUUGGACUUGCUGGUGGUGAUUCCUAUCAUGACCAAUGCAUAUGUUUGUCAUUUUAAUGUGCAGCCGAUAUACAAUGAGCUCCAAGGGCGGUCUCCGCAGAAGAUGAACCGGGUCGGGAGGAUCACCACAGUUUUGUGCAUCCUAGUUUAUGCUUCAACAGCACUCUCAGGUUACCUCCUAUUUGGGGAUGAUACGGAGUCUGAUGUGCUGACUAAUUUUGAUAAGGAUCUAGGAAUUCGGUUUAGCUCGGCCUUGAACUAUAUUGUCCGCGUCGGCUACAUUCUCCAUUUGAUACUUGUCUUCCCUGUUAUUCAUUUCUCCCUACGCCAAACGGUGGAUGCCUUGGUGUUUGAGGGAUCUCCUCCCUUAUCAGAAAGUAGGAAGAGAUCGUUGGGGUUGACUUUUGUUCUGUUGAUCCUCAUAUAUAUUGGGUCUACCAUGAUUCCAAACAUUUGGACAGCUUUUAAGUUCACCGGUGCAACCACAGCAGUUUCAUUGGGUUUCAUAUUUCCAUCUCUUGUUGCAUUGAGAUUGAGCCAUAAGUGGGAUUUGAGCCAUGGAGAAUGGAUUUUAUCUUGGUUAAUGUUGGUAUUGGCUGGGAUUGUUAGCAUAGUAGGAGUCAUUGGCAAUGUCUAUAGCAUGCAGAGUAAGUCUCAAUGACUCCUUUGUAUCAGUUUUAAUUCACAGGAAUCAGUUGAUUUUUUUACAAGGCAUAGGAAGGUGACUUGUUCAUUGGCCCUGCUGCGUAUGCGAUUCAAACAGCAGAAGAUAGACAAUGUAAGGAUCCUUUAAUGUGUAAUAAUUUUUUUUCUAUUUUACCUCGGCUGUGAUACAUAAGAUAUGAGAUGCACUUCAUGCCUCAGAAGGCCUUGAAUUCUUUAGGGAUGAUUCAGUGUGGAGGAAUUUUUUGGCUGAUUUGUUUGCCACAGGAAUAGCUAUGUAUACGGUUCAGUCAGUUCUAUUUUUUGCCAAUUAAUUUUAUAGAAGAAUGAUGUUGCAACUUUUUGUAACGAUUCUUACAAAUACUUAAAUGGUAGAUUUCGAAGAUUUAUUUCAUUGCCAGUAAAAAUUGUAUGUUCUAGUU